CUGUGCGCUCACGCUGCGCUGUGGGGAUCCUGCACGGCACUAGUUACCUCCAACAGUAGCUGCGGGGCGCACGGCACAAAAGUUUCUCCACCGUAAUGGGCGAGUUUCAGAAGGACGUUCCCCUUUCACGCUUCACCCCCACGACCCCGGCGACGACGGGGGAGCGGAUGUAAGCGCCGACGCCGCUUCAGCUCCGCGCCGGCACGUUUGGGAUUUUGUCUGGCGACCGCUCCGGCUCCCGGGUCGGGACGCGCUCGAGCCGCGGACUCUCCGGAGGAAGCGUUCCGUCGCGCGGAGGGGAGGAAAAAUGAGCCCCGCUACGCGGCUCCGCACUUUUGCCAAGUUCGCCGUGGUGCUCGUGCUUUUCCUGCGGGUGCAGCGUGGAUGUGGCGCUAACGCACGGACGUGUCCCGCUCCCUGCGCGUGUUUCGGGGAUCUGGUGGACUGCAGUCGGCUGAGGAGAGGCCAGAUUCCCGACUCGAUCCCGGAUUGGACGGUUCAGCUGGACCUGAGCCACAACAAAUUGCAGGUGCUCAACAGCACUUUGUUUUCCAAACUACGACAUCUAAGCGAAGUGAAACUGAACCAUAAUGAACUGGACUCCAUUCCUGACUUGGGGGUUUAUGCUGCAAACAUCACGUCGCUCAAUCUGGCAAACAACCGCAUCGGCAGGGUCUCCGCGGAGCAGCUCGGGCCGUUCCGCGCCCUGGAGACGCUCGACCUCAGCGGCAACAACCUGGCGGAGGUGAGGGCCGACUCCUUCCCCGCGCUGCCCCUCAAACACCUGUUCCUCAACAGCAAUCGCAUCGCCUCGCUGGAGGCGGGCUGCUUCGCCAACCUGUCCGGCAGCCUGCAGACGCUGCGGCUCAACCGCAACCGCCUCCCCUCCAUCCCGUCCAAGAUCUUCCAGCUGCCCAACCUCCAGCAUCUGGAGCUGAGCAGGAACCGGGUCCGCAAGGUGGAGGGCCUGACGUUCCACGGCCUGCACGCCCUCCGCUCGCUGAGGAUGCAGAGGAACGGGCUGAGCCGCCUGAUGGACGGGGCCUUCUGGGGCCUCAGCAACAUGGAAGUGCUGCAGCUGGACUACAACAACCUGACGGACGUGACCAAGGGCUGGCUGUACGGCCUGCUGACUCUGCAGAAGCUCCACCUCGGCCACAACGCCAUCAGCAGGAUUCAACCUGACGCCUGGGAGUGCUGCCAGAAACUCAGCGAGCUCAACCUCUCCUCCAACCACCUGACCAGAUUGGAGGAAUCCAGCUUCGUGGGUCUCAGCCUCCUGGAUGAGCUGCACAUUGGAAACAACCGCAUUAGCUUCAUCGCCGACGGCGCUUUCCGUGGCCUCUCAAACGUGCACGUGCUGGAUCUCCAUAAUAACGAAAUCUCCUGGACCAUCGAAGACAUGAAUGGGCCCUUCUCUGCGCUAGACAAGCUGCAGAAACUAUUCCUGCAGGGGAACCGGAUCCGCUCCGUCACCAAGAAGUCUUUCUCCGGCCUGGAAGCGCUGCAGCACCUUGAUCUGACCAACAACGCCAUCAUGUCCAUCCAGGCGAACGCCUUCUCCCAGAUGAAGAACCUGCAGGAGCUGCGCCUGAACACCUCCAGCCUGCUGUGCGACUGCCAGCUGAAGUGGCUUCCCGUCUGGGUGGCGGAGCAAAGCUUCGCCGCCUGCGUCAGCGCCAGCUGCGCCCACCCGCAGCCGCUGAAGGGCCGCAGCGUGUUCGCCGUGGGCCAGGAGGAGUUCGUGUGCGAUGACUUUCCAAAGCUCCAGAUCACUGUGCAGCCGGAGACCCAGUCGGCUCUCAAGGGCUCCAACGUGACGUUCGUCUGCUCGGCGGCCAGCUCCAGCGACUCGCCCAUGACCUUCGCCUGGAAGAAGGACAACGAGGUCCUGAACGACGCCGAGAUCCACAACCAGGCCCACCUGCGGGUGCAGGGCGGAGCCGGGGGCGAGACGGAGGUGACGGAGUACACCACCACCCUGCAGCUCCGCCAUGUGGAGUUCUCCAGCGAGGGGAAAUACCAGUGUGUCAUCUCCAACCACUUUGGAUCGUCCUACUCCACCAAAGCUAGACUCACUGUCAACAUGCUGCCUUCCUUCACCAAGACGCCCAUGGACCUGAGCAUCCGCGCCGGCGCCACCGCCCGGCUGGAAUGCGCCGCCGUCGGGCACCCCUCCCCUCAAAUCGCCUGGCAGAAAGACGGCGGCACGGACUUCCCCGCCGCCCGGGAGCGGCGCAUGCACGUGAUGCCGGAGGACGACGUGUUCUUCAUAGCGGACGUGAAGAUCGAGGACAUCGGCGUCUACAGCUGCACGGCGCAAAACACAGCCGGGGCCAUUUCCGCCAACGCCACUCUGACGGUUUUAGAGACUCCCUCCUUCCUGCGGCCGCUCGUGGACCGCACCGUGACCAAAGGCGAGACCGCCGUGCUGCAGUGCAUCGCGGGGGGCAGCCCUCCCCCCAGGCUGAACUGGACCAAGGACGACGGCCCGCUGGUCGUGACCGAGCGCCACUUCUUCGCCGCCGCCAACCAGCUGCUCAUCAUCGUCGACGCCGCCGAGGCCGACGCCGGGUUGUACACGUGCGAGAUGUCCAACACGCUGGGCACCGAGAGGGGCCACGUUCGGCUGGGGGUCCUGUCCAACCCCAACUGCGACAGCGGCGCGCAGGGGAGCGGCGGGGCGGCCGGGCCCGGGCCGGUGGACGACGGGUGGACCACCGUGGGGAUCGUCGUGGUAGCGGUGGUGUGCUGCGUGGUGGGCACGUCGCUGGUGUGGGUGGUCAUCAUCUACCACACCCGCCGGCGCACCGAAGACUGCAGCAUCACCAACACAGACGAGACCAACCUGCCCGCUGACAUCCCCAGCUACCUGUCCUCCCAGGGAACGCUGGCCGACCGCCAGGACGGCUACAUCCCCUCCGAGAGCGGCAGCAGCCACCACUACAUGACGUCGUCCAUCAGUGGCUUCUACCUCCAGUCCAGAGACAUGAACGGUUUCUGUCAGUUGGACACCGGGAGUGAAGUGGACAUAGAGGCAGCCAUCGACCCUCUGCUCUGCCACUACCAAGGUCCCAUAGGCUCGCUGCUCCGCAGAGACAACAUUUACUCGCCCGACCCAUCAGAACUUUUCGCAGGUUGUGGCAGUGACCAAAGGCAGGUCUGCACUGACCCCUACGACAGCCUAACCAGCUCUAAGAGGAGGGACUGCUACCUGUCUGAGCAUUUUGACCUCUGCUCCCCCACGGUCCUCAUGCAGCUUCCUAGCUCUGGUCUCCAUCACAGCCCCUCGCACGAUCGCCGUCCGUCUAUGGAGGAGGUGGACAUGAACGACUACGGGAAAGCUCACGAGUCCAACCCGCCCUGCAGCAAUUUCAUGGGAACGUUCGGGAAAGCUUCCCGGAGGCCUCGGCAGCGGGACCUGCGCCCGGUCGGACCGGGCCCGCCGGCGGCGGCGCGCAGCGGCAUAACCCUCCACGAGAACCCCUACGCCGCGCCAGACGCCGAUUCGGGCGACGAGGAGAGCGUCCUCGACAAGGAACAGGGCGGCGGCGUUUACGAACAGCCGUUCGACAGCAGGACACGCCCCGUCCCACAGCGCCGGACCAGCACUUAGCCCGAGCUCCUGCUCGCUCUCGGUUUUCAUGAAGAGGACGACCAAAAAUGAAAACUUCUACCUCACUGAACGGAAACGUUUGCAAUAAGGACGCCUCGAUUACGCGAGUGAAUGUAAAGGACAAUUUCCACGCUUCUACAGGAAUGAAAGGGGGCGCAGGAACAGCUUCAGUUAAAUAAUACAGAUGGAAAUAUACGUUUUAUAUAAAGUUUAUUCUAUUUUGUAAAUUGUAUAUAAACAGAUGUCAUUAUUUUUGCUUACCUUUUACGUAUUGAGUGUUUCGCAGCCCUACGUACUUAGUUAUUCCAGCUUUGAACGAAGCGACGUUUUGCACAUAUGUGAACAAUAAAAUAAAAAAAAAACACU